AUGGCUUCAUCUACCGAGUUUGCAAACAUUCGCAUACCAUCUAAUAUUAAGCUCGAUCACAAUCCCAAUGUCAUCACUCUACUCCGCUGCUUUUCUGAAAUAAUUUGCAACAGACCUGUCGAUGGUGCAACUCUUAAUUCCCGCAUUGCUGAGUUCGUUCAUCCUGACUAUCAUCAAGAAACGAAUGGUAAUAUGUUAAAUUUCGAUCAAUUGGUGAGUCACAUACGUGCUCUAACGGAAGUCACUGCACACAUGACGGUAACAUUUAAUCGAAUCGUAGCCAAAAACGAUCGUAUUGCCAUGUUUCAUCACGCACAAGCAGAGAAGAAGGAUGGAUCUCACAUAUCUGGUGAUGUGAUUGCGAUUCUUGGAUUUCGUGACGGUCGGAUUGCUACAUGUUAUGAGUGUGCUGAAAUCUCGUCUGAUGAUCCAUCGGAUCAAGAUUUGAUAUUAAGAACUGAAUAG